AUGAUAAACUCUUCUAAAAGAUUGUUAAAUGUAUUCACUAAAAUAUCAAGUAAUAGUGGAUAUUUAAGAUCAUCGUCAUCAACAUUGAUUAGAACAAAACAUUCUUCAUCUUCAUCUUCUUCAUCAUCUUCGACAUCAUUAUUUAAUAAAUUUAAACAACAAACUAUAGAGAAUCAACAACAACAACAACAAAGAACAAUAUUUUAUAGUAGUUAUAUUACAAAUACAACCAAUUAUAAACCAAUCAAAAAUGAUGAAAUCUUUAGUGAAAUUCUAGAAAGUAAGAGAUACGAAGAGUAUGGCAACUAUGAAGCAUCAAGAUCUAUUUUGGUUAGAGCUAAAGAUAUGGUUGAAAAGACACUAGGAAUGAAACACCCCAUAACAAUCAAUGUACUCUUUCGUUUGAUCAAUGCCGAGAUGGCUAUCGGAGGUUUAGAUGCCGCCCAAAAGCAUUGUCAAACCAUUUUGGAUAGAAUCAAUGUCAACGAAGACAUUGAAUACUCUAUUCCAUCCAUCUACAAUCUUAUCCUUUGUCAUCAAUAUAAAGGUGAUCUCGAACAGGCUGCAAAGGUUUCCGAUCUACUUGUAGAAAUUGCAACCAAACGAAAUGACUGGGAACUAUGUGUUGGAUCAAUCUUAAACAAGGCCAUUAUUCUUUCACUUGGUUGUAGGGAUGUUGAAAGCAAAGAAAUCUUUGAUCAAUGUAUAGCUUUACUUCAUGAUAAAUUGGAUGCUAAAAAUCAUUUAAAUGAAUCUGUUUAUGGUAAUUUUGCUUCAUUUUUACAUUCAAUUGAAAUAGACAAGGAAGCUGAAGCUUAUUAUAUGAUGGCCGAACAAAGUGCAAAGGAUAAUAACAACGAUAAGGAAUUGGUUAAUAUCUUGACCAAUUAUACUGAAUUUUUGUACGAUAGUGGACAAUUUGAUGAAUGCGAAACAAUGUUAAAGGAAGCAUCGGCCAAGGCCGAACAAGUGUAUGGAAGAGAGAGUCCAAAGGUUGCCAGUAUCAUUUUCAUCAUGGCUAGACUCUACAGAGCCAAGGAGAACCCAACAUGGGCUGAAGGAUUUUUCAACAAGUGCAUUAGCAUCUUUGAACACUACCGUAGUCAAUCCAAACACCAAUCAAUGUUGACUAAAAAGGAAAAUGAAGCAGUACCAAGCUUCGAACCUGGAAAAAGAGAAAUUGAAUUGCGAACAAACAAAGAGGUUGAUAUCGAAUAUGGAAAUGUUUUAUGGGAAUAUGCUCAAAUGCUAAGAGAAAAGGGUAGACAACAUGAAGCAAUGAACAUAGAAGAAAGAGCUCGUAGAUUAAAUUCUAUUGACGAUUAA